AAUAGCCUGGCCACUAUUCGGAGAUAUGGACAACACGCCGGAUCAAACAACGCUGGCCACCAUCUCAUUGCUCGAGGGGCGUCUACGGCGGAUCGAGCACAUCCUCUAUGGCCCAACGACGCCCCCAACCCAGCCCCCGCAGCAGUCGGCGGUAGCUUCCCUCGUCGAUCUCGAACACCGCUUCAACCAACUGAUCCGCCACUUCCGCGUCUACGCCGACAUCCUCAAGAUUUACAAAUCACACCCGUCGCUCUUCCAACCCCCGUCGACAGCAAGAGGACUAACAACCACGACAUCGACCGGGCAGCCUGACCCCCCGCUCCCGCCGACUCAACUCUCGCCGGAAGCCGUGCGCGCCACGGUCCUCUCGUACGCCAGCGCCUUCCCGACCACAGCCUCCGCCCUGACGGCCGCGACGACCGACACGCCGAUCCCGGACGCGAAGCAGAGCGCGGCGCUGGCGGCGCUGACGCCCCGGCUGCGCGCCGUCGAGGCGCUGCAGCGCGCCCAGGAGGCCGAGAUGGCGGAGCUGCGGGCGCGCAGCGAGAAGGCGGUCCGCGCGUGGUACGAGGGCGGCGUGCUGCGGUGCGGGGCCAGGCUGGCGGACGCCGAGGGCCGGCUGGAGAAGGUCGAGCGCGGGGUGCGGAGGGCAGAGAGGGCGCGGGCCGAGCGGGAUAAGGUCUGAAUCGAAUUGCCUGACGCGAUGCUUUCUCCUUCACUCUCCUUCUCCUUCCCCCCAAGACGCGCAGCAGGGUAGUGUGCGCGUCGCCAUGGGGGGAAGACGACAAUCUCGAAAGCGCAAAGUUCUAUCGCGAUAUGAAGCAGAUCGGGACCAGCUGCGAGUUUCGGCGGAUGCUGUAAUGACAGGAGGGAUACAUAUGAAGGCACCGCCCUGGGCAGCAGAUGACGACAAGUCCUCCCAUGGAAUAUCAGCCUUGCCCAGGAGACAACCGAUCAGGUUAUACAGUCAGGGGGCGCCAAUGGCGUAUCGGGUCGUCCGGCAAUUGUUGCUCUAGCCCGGCGAUACUACCGCACGCCCUGUCCGUUCUUCUAGCCGAGAAGGUUCCGAGCUUGAUCAAAAAUACCGUGUGUCUGCAUUCGGCGUACUUGACUAGACAAAGACAAAUAGCUAAUUCGGCAGUUCCACCCGUGCGUCGACUUGGGUAUGCGCUCCCCGGCUCGGCAUCUGCGAUGCCGUGUUUCGGGAGCCAUGGCCCGCGGUAUCUAAGGCGGGUGGCUGGUUGAGAAUAAGACCCUAGCACUUUGCUAAGAGCG